AUGGCGAUUCCUAUGACGCGGCUGGGCAAUCGCGCCUUCCACGAGGACAAUGAAGACGUAGAGCGCGAGUACGACCGCCUGCGCGAUCUGGCCCGAGCCGAAGCCAACAAGCGCAACGAUUGCUUCGAGCGAAGCCGCCGCGCGUACGAAGAUGGCGACGGCGCCAGGGCCAAGGAGCUCUCCAACGAGGGCAAGGCGCACGACGCCAAGAUGCGCGAGUACAACCGCCAGGCGUCCGAGUACAUCUUCCGCGAGAACAACGCGCCGGGCCGCGUCGAGCCCGACUGCAUCGACCUGCACGGCCAGUUUGUCGAGGAGGCGGAGCGCAUCCUCGAGCAGCGCAUCCGCGCGGACCAGGCCCGCGGGCAGACGCACCUGCACGCCAUCGUCGGCCGCGGCAACCACUCGGCCAACCACGUCCAGAAGCUCAAGCCCAAGGUGGAGGAGCUGUGCCGCGAGCUGGGGCUGAGGUACAGCGUCGAGGACAACGAGGGCAGGAUAUACAUUAAUCUGCAGGGAGGCGAGCCGGUCCCGCCUCCUUCGCGGCCGCCGCAGCAUGGUGGUGGACAGCAUCGGCCUCCCCAGCAUCGGCCUCCCCAGCACCAGCCUCCGCAGGAGGAGUAUCCCCCGGAGGAGGAGGAGGAGGGUCUUCUUCCUCUGCUGCUGCGGAAGCUGGAGAAGGCUUGCUGUGCGGUCAUGUAG